AUGCCGCCUAAAUUCUUUUCUUCUAUUUUUUUUUCUUCUCCCUUUGUGCUAAGCUCAACUCAGGUAUCGCCUGCCCACCGCCACUGCCUCCGCGCUAGACCUGUCCACCACCACCAACCUGCUCCUGCGGCUGCUGCUGCUGCUGCUGCUGCUGCUGAAUGCGACUUGCGACUUGCGACUGCACCCGCAAUCAGCACCCAUUAUCGGUUCCUGACCUGUCAUCCAUUUAGGACACAGCUAGCCUCGCUCAGCUCAACCAUUUUCCAGCACUGGCCGAGACAUCCCUUCUUCAACCCAUCACCGGCCAACCGUCAAUCCCAAACCUCCGUCCGCCCCCACGCUGUCACCAGUCUAUUCCCCGCGCAGUCCUAUCUCGGCCUCGCUCGCGCCCGAUACAACAAUUGCCAGAACACUCUACAACUUCUCUCAUCGCGACUAGACGAUCCGACCGCGCUCUGCCUCUAUUCUUGCAGCGACUGCUUACCGCCCGCCGCGCAUUUACGUUGGAGGACACUCGCGCUGACCGGUGCGGUGCUGACCGUGCCGACGCUGGACCAUGCCAUGGCUGCCUACAACUCAAUGCCGGUGAUGAAUGCCACCCCGGCACAAAACGACUCAAUCGCCAUGAAUCACGCCGGCCAGGCCAUGAACAUGGACGCCUUUGACCACGACCUAGGCGGCUUUGACGAAGCCCUCAUAGAUAGCGGCGCACUUCCCACGCUACCCUUCACGCCUUCAUAUGAUUUUGAUAACUUUGCGACCACAUUUGAGGACCCCUUUUCGUACUCGGCUCGCCAGUAUGAGCCCGCUCCACACCAAGAUGUCCAUGAGGACGUCUCACCCCAGGAUCUCGACAACAAACUUCUCGGCUUCUCCGAGCCCAUCGUCAGCGCCACCAUUGUCGACGACUCUGGAAAAUUUGCCGAUGUAGCCAUGUCCGCCGAGCUUUAUGGCAUGUUUUUCGUCGCCGAAGAUGUCUUUGGCGGCGAAACCACCGGCCGUCCGCUCGAGCUGACCUGCUACCGCCGCAACCUCUGGCAAUGCGCUGGCCAGAUCACCCUGCCGCGCGCCAUUUCACACAUCAUGGACGAGCAGGGCCGCCAAAUUCCUUUAUUCGAGCUCUCUGCCUCAAUCAAUGCUAUCGAGUCCAUCGAGGGGAAAAGCACCGAAAUCAUAUCCAUUCCCUGGAAGAGCUCCACUCCGCAGGCUGGCGAGGACAACAAAGUUGCCACUGCCCCGCCCAAGGUCAACAUUGACUUGUCCGCCGGCCAGGAGCUGGAUGCCAACCGCGUGUCUGUGCCUGUUUCGUGGAAGAGGUUACAGUUCAAGCACGCGACCGCCAAUAAUGGCCGCAGAAAAGGCCUGCAGCAGCAUUAUGUGGUCCAGAUUGGCCUCUUUGGCAAGGCCAAGAAUGGCGAAACCAUCAAGAUUGUCGAAAUUCAGUCUGGCCCUGUCAUUGUGCGCGGUCGUAGUCCCAGAAAUUUUGACAGCAGAAAAGACGUGCCUCUUUCUGGGGACAAACGCAUGGAAAGGAAGAACACGGCCAGCUCUGACGGCGCCGCACUAAAGGUCGAAAGGGAACACCUUCAUGCGGCCAUGCAAAGAUACCAAUCCAUGCCUGGCGCUGUACCACACCCCAAUGAUUGGGUAACACCACAGCCUGUGCCUCAACCAAGCCAAAGUCCCCAUCCCGCGAAACGAAUGGCUCUGUCGCCAACGGUCAGCAAGCCGCCAGUCCCAGCAUGGAAUCCUGAUGCGCCGAGAACGGCUUCUGGCCACCGCGGCUCCAUGUCGCGGCCGCGCGAGGCCGGCGCGCCCAUCAAUCUCUCCCUAUCUGAGGACGAAAGAAGUCCUAACCGGUCGAGCGCCGACCUACAGAGCCCCAAGCUCGGCAAAUCGCACCCGGCCAUUGGCCAGCACGCCGCGAGCAGUCCAGCAGAAGAGGCCGACCCGCUGUAUGAGUACUUUCCUCUCAGUGUUGACGACUGGAUGCCUCCGGUAGACGCCGUAUACAGACCCCACGUAGUACACCACACGCAUGAACCGCUCGAGGCGGUCGAGGCCAAGCGCGGCAAAGCGAAGCGAUACUUUUUGGCGGAUUAG